AUGGAUGCGCCGUCUCCUUCAGCUACCAUCUUCGCCCUUACCCAGUUCCACACCAUCCUCGGCACCGUGCUCUUUAUCACCAGUACCAACAGUUUCAACAAUACUGAUUUGGCUCUAGCCAACACUCUGGCCUACAUCCACUUCUGGUGUGCCACUCUCGGGUUUCUCUGGUGGUACUACCACGCCGCUACCACCAACGAUCAGAACGAAGAACAGCAGAAGAACCCGACCGGCUAG